AAUUAAACGCCCUUUCCUUCUUGCAAUAGAAAAAGGUGGGUCCCACUUACCAAUUUCACCUUCAAAUGAUGGCCGCAGAUUCAUUUCAUCCAUUGAGUUUCUGCUAUGUGAAAAAAAAAAAAAAAAAAAAAAGGAGAAAAGAAUGUACUAUGCGUGCUCAUCGUCGUUGAGGGUGAUGAUACCUCAAUUGAGGUACAACAACAACAAGCUGCGCUAUUGGAUAAUGCCGCAUUCCAUGCGAAGAUUGAGCUUUGUAGCUUCACCCAUCUCCUCCUCUUCCACAACUGACGACAACACUGCACCUUCCAAACACCCACAACUGCGAUAUGAUCCUUCAGAGGAGCUAUUCGGGCUUGCUGUUGAUUUACAACCGAGGAAUGUUGCUUCUGCUGCAUCCAAACCAGGAUCAUGGAUAGGCCCAAACGGUCAGUAUUUUCGAGAGUUACCCUGCCCGAGCUGCAGGGGAAGAGGUUAUACCCCAUGUACAGAAUGUGGAAUAGAAAGAUCACGGCCCGAUUGUUCACUGUGCAGUGGAAAGGGUCUAGUUACCUGCAAUCAGUGUAAUGGAGAUUGUGUUAUUUGGGAGGAGUGGAUUGAUGAACGGCCAUGGGAGAAAGCCCGAUCAGUUUCUCCCCUAAAAGUUAAGGAAGAUGAUGAAGUCGACAAUUUGGAUAUAAAACUGGAAGGGAGGCGAAAAACCAAGCGCGUCUAUCAGUCCUCUGCUCCUGAAGUCAAUUUGAAGAUCAGCAGAUCACUAAAAAGCCUCAAUGCUAAAACUGGAAUAUUUAGUAAUCGGAUGAAGAUAAUCCACCGAGACCCUAUGCUUCAUGCACAAAGAGUUGCUGCUAUUAAGAAAACCAAGGGGACUGCUGCUGCAAGGAAUCAUGCUUCUGAAGUUAUGAAGAACUACUUCUCUGAUCCAGAAAACCGCCGCAAGAGAAGCAUUGCAAUGAGAGGGGUAAAAUUCUUCUGCCGAAAUUGUGGGCGCGAAGGUCACAGGAGAAACUACUGUCCAGAACUUCAAGGCAAGGUCACUGAUAGACGAUUCAGAUGCCACUUGUGUGGUGAAAAGGGGCACAACCGCAGAACGUGUCCAAAAUCGAAAUCAAACGAAAAAAAGAUGGUGGUUCGAAGGGAUCAUCGCUGCAGUGUUUGCGGCCAAAGCAGCCACAACCGGAGAACAUGUCCGCAGGUGCCUAAAGCUGCUUUUGUAAGUGAAGAAGAAGGUGGCUCGAAAAGGAGGUAUGCGUGCCAUCUGUGUCGAGAAAAAGGGCAUAACAGAAGGACUUGCCCCCAUAGAAGAUGACAGAGGUUACUUUUUCUCUAUUUGUAAGCAAUUUGUGAGUCCAUUGGUUAACUUCACAGAAACACUCAAGCCCUAAAUUUGUGUUGCAAAUGUACCAUGUUUGCUAAAACAUAUUUCACGUUUAUUGGCACAUUUUUGUUAGACGUCCAUAAA